AUGGGUACGACAAAGAUGGUUUCUUUGUUAAAUCAUUCUUUAAAUGUAACUACAAAAGAUGGACGGACUUUUGUAGGGCAAUUAUUAGCUUUUGACGGUCAUAUGAACUUGGUUUUGAGUGACUGUCUGGAAUAUCGUCACAUCCGUAAACAAAAUAACCCUUCAAACUCGGUGUACGAGGAAAAGCGCAUGCUAGGCCUUGUGAUUCUACGCGGUGAGUUUAUUGUCUCGCUCUCUGUUCAAGGACCACCACCAAUGGAUCCAUCAAUGAGAGGUGGUUUGCUUAAUGGUCCUGGUGUUGCUCGUCCUGCUGGGCGAGGAGUACCCCUUGGACAAGCUCCUGUUGGUUUAGCUGGGCCUGUUCGCGGAAUUGGUUUCAGCGCCCCUCCUCCUCCAGCUGGUUUUGGACGAGGUGCUCCUCCCCCAGGUUUUCGUCCUGUAUAG